CCCAUCCCCGACCUGCCCCUACUCGACUCUAUUCUCCUACUCACCCCCCUCCUCCUACUCAUUCCCCUCUCCCCAUUCCAUCUCCAUCCAUUCAUGUCCUCAACCUCGCCUCUGUGGACCUCGUUGUGCACCACGGCUGUCUGCGUUGCUCCCGACGCCCUUCCCAUCUGCCAUCUCGGCCUCUGAGAAGGAAAGUUGGGGGAGGAAAGGAGGCAUUCCUCCGGCCACUCGUUUUUUUGGGUCUUUGAGAUCUCGAUCACCCCAAGUCCCGUAUUGUCUAGGCUCCACCGUCCGAGGUUGGUGAUCUCGUCGAGACCUUCUUCGCUCGUCGUGAUCGACUGCGACUUGACAAUCCCCGUUUCAAACCCACAACUUGUCUCUUCCGUCGUCCCCUGAUCUCGGCGCUGGGACAUUCGACCACGAUUUUUGGCCCUAUUGCUCCGGGUCCGUUGAUUUGACCAUCGCGGGGUCUUCGACGCAUACCACUCCCCAAUCGCACUCAUGAGCUUCAUUCAACGCAUCACGAAACGGCUGCCCAGCGCGCCGAGCCUUCCUAUCGACGAUGCCCCCCGCGAGAAGGGCCGCAAUCCCUCGCGGUUCGCCUUCUUCCGCAGGCGCAUUCGAUUGAAGGGCAACUCGUCGAUUUCUAUACCCCUGGGAUUUGUUUUACUAUUUCCAUGCCUUGUAAUCGUCUUCAUCCUACUUUUAUUCGUCCGACAUCCUUCGUCUCCCGGGGGUAUCCUAAUUCCAGCGGGCACUCCGCCCUCUAUCCGAAAAAUUAGCGAAAAAUAUGACAAAGUCUUCGCGACGGGUUGUCUCCCCAUAGACCAGGCCCGUAUCGACAAGGAACCUCGCGCCAAUGCCGCCUUUGUCGUUCUGGCGCGGAACAAGGAGUUGGACGGUGUGAUCCAGUCGCUCAAGUCGAUUGAGCGUCACUUCAACCGCUGGUACCACUACCCUUACGUUUUCCUGAACGAUGGUGACUUCGACGAGGAGUUCAUGGCCACCGUCAAGAAUUACACUAGCGCUCCCGUGGAAUUCGGCAAGAUUGACAACACCAUGUGGGGUUUCCCAGAUUGGGUUGACCACGAGGUCGCCAAGGAAGGCAUCCGGAAACAAGGUGACGCUGCUAUCAUGUACGGUGGUAUGGAGAGUUAUCACCACAUGUGCCGGUUCUACUCUGGACACUUCUACAAGCACCCCCUCCUGAUGAAGUACGAGUGGUACUGGCGCUUGGAGCCGGAGAUCAAGUACUUCUGUGAUAUCACCUAUGAUCCUUUCAUCAAGAUGGCAGAGGCAAACAAGACCUACGGCUUUACUAUUGCAGUCAAGGAGCUUCGCGAGACCGUUCCCAACAUUUUCCGCUACGCAGCGGCCUACAAGCGCAAGAACAACCUCAAGUCCAAGGGUUUGUGGGAGAUGUUCUUGGAGCGCCCCGCAGAGGAGGAGAACCCGGCCGAACCCGAGAAGAAGCAGGAGAAGCUUCCCGACGAAAUCCUCCUGACCGAACCUGGUGACAAGAACCUUGACGACAUUGACCCCGAGGCCAUGGAAGGCGAGAGCUACAACAUGUGCCAUUUCUGGAGUAACUUUGAGAUUGCGCGCUUGGAUUGGUUCCGCAGCAAGGCUUACGAGGAUUUCUUUAACAUGAUGGACCGUAGCGGAGGGUUCUGGAAUGAACGAUGGGGUGACGCUCCUAUCCAUUCCCUUGCCGCCGGUGCUUUGCUCUCUCCCAGUGACAUCCAUUACUUCCGUGACUUUGGAUACCGGCAUACUACCAUCCAACAUUGUCCGGCUAACGCCCCCGCUCGGCAAUUGCCUCGCGAGCCGUACCUCGAAAAGACCACCGACGAUGAGAAGAAGCGGAUUGAAGAAGACGAGUACUGGGCCACUCCAGACCCGGUCAAGGAGAACGGUGUUGGCUGCCGUUGCCGCUGCGACACCGACAUUGUGGAUGUCGAGGGCAAGCAAGGUAGCUGUCUUGCCGAGUGGGUCGAAGUGGCUGGUGGCUGGGCCUCCCCAUAAAAGCCAUUUUCUCCACAUACGAGGCCCCGCCGUUCUCCUUGCAUCGUUUCUCUUUCCCUGCUUCUCCAUGCCUUUUGCUUUUCAGCCUUGAGCAUCACCUGGGAUUUGUCUUGCCCGGGCGGAGUUUUCUUGCUGAAAUUCGCAUGUUACGUUGAGGUUCCAUUUUCAGGCGGCGUUCAAUGGAUCUGACGGCUUGUUUUUUUAUUUGGAAGAUGGCGUGACCAUUUUCUCCAUCAUCCAUGUUGACAUAUUCAUCUAGCGUGCUGUCCGCGUCAUUGGGGUUGUCUGUGUUGUGUGUUUCAUUGUUUUCCUCCGCUUUCUUUCUAUAUGGUCGACGAAGGGAGGCUCUUGUCAGAUGCGUCUCGAGGCCGUCGACAACUCAGGAUUUUCGAUCGAUUGUUGUGGACGGGUAUAAAUACUAUCCCGGGAUCACCGGAACCCCGUCAUUUGUUCUUGCCUCUCUGGUCUGCUCCAAAUGGUGCCCUUGAACACUUUUGAGUGGCCUGAAGACGAGCGCCUCACUGCAAUGGACACAGCAGCCCAAUCUCAAGUGACUGCCCACACCUAUGAGGUGUAUGAGAGGAAAUGGGAUUGUCGGGGGAGAACGGUAUCACAUCCCGUCGUCUCGUGGUUUCCUGUCUUGUUGGUUUGUUUUCUGUUUUUCCAAUUUUCUUACCCUUUUUAUCUGUCACUACUACCACCCAUCUUGCUUCCCGUUUCUUCCCACAACUUCCCUAGUACUCGCCCCCGUGGUUCUCUUUUGCCUCCAGCAUGCAUUCACGAGAUGUACAUACGUUGUUCUUCUAUCCCCUCUAAACCGUCCUUUUGAGCUCAUGGCACAUAGCCAUGGGCCUGUAUCCCCCCCUACCACCCUCGCAUUGCCUGCAAACGUCGCAAAUACCAGAUUCGAGCAUGGCUGUCUAUAGAGUAUGGAAUAAUCACCCGGUGAAUUACGCGAAGAAUGAGAUCAGUAUAAUGCGUUCUUGCUCGUUUGUUGCCUUCUAGAGAGUACUAAGAGUCCGUUCAAGGUUUACCGAGGAUGG